AUGAACACGAGGAGCCAACGGUUAUUUGCGUGUGCAGGGCGCAGUCGCGGUCGGGUGUGCGCGGGCGCGGCGGGCGGACGGAAAGGCAUGGCGGCGCCGGUGCACCGCUUCGCCGCUGUCGACUGUCCGCCGCGCCGCCCGCACCGCACACAUCGGCACUAUGGGCCUCCACCAAUGCCAGCGGUGCACUCAUCGCGACGACAGAACGACGAACCCAGCCUGUACGUCGAGAUCCCUGCAGAGCCUCCGCAGCCGACUAUCGCGAGUCUGGCGGCUGCUCGCUCCGUGACCCCAGACACGUUACUACGGACCGCAGCCCUAGGGCUCCACCAGUCUCCAAUGAUGGCUCCACAUCUCAAGUUCGGUAUGCUGGUGUCGUUCGCGCUGGCCACCGUGUUUUUAGCAGGAGCUAAGUACUAUUUUGAUCGACAGGUGGCUCGCGAGCGUGGCGGAGGUAUGAGCGGCGGGGGCGGCGAGGCGGGCGUGGUGUGCGCGGCCGUGGCGUGCGUGUGCGGCGUGGGCUGCGCGCUGUCGCUGUGCCGGACAAGGCCCCCGCCUCCGCUGCCGCCCGACCGCGUCUCCUCCACCGCUCAGCGCGACCGCCAGCUUCCACCAUCCGAACCUUCAGACGACAUAUCCUUGGCCACUUUGUUGCAAUCCUCGGAACGCUCGCAGCCCACGGAAUCCCCCGAAGCACCACCGCCGUACAAGAUCGCAGUACUGAUGCCGGGCCGAGAGAGCCCACCGCCGCCUGCCUACUCGGAGUUGAGCUAG